CAGAGGAAGUGUGAAUCCUUCGACGCCUUCCAGUCAACCGUUCCCCUUUUUUGCUCAAUAAGUUGAUUUUGCUGAAUAAUUUGACAAGAGUUUGUUUUAUCUUCCUCUUCUAAACCACUAAGGCUCGGCUGUGAGAGACAUGAGCGACAAAAGCUGUGGUCCUGUGGCCCGCGCGGUCCUCCAGCAGUGCCUGCAAGCCCGUCUGCAGGUCAAAGCCGCCCAGGAGCACUGCGACGCCGAAUGGGUUGAGGUGGGAAGAGGAAUGGUGAUCUACGUGUGUUUCUUCAAAGGCGCAACAGACGACAUCCUGCCCAAGAUGGUCUCCACGCUGUUGAACCUGCGGCUGUGCGAGUCCGAGUCCGAGUCCGGCAGGAUGGUGUCGGUGCUGGAGCUGGCCGGCAGCAGUGUGCUGGUGGUGCCGCAGGCCACGCUGGGUGGCAAGGCCAAGGGGCGGGUCAUGCAGUACCACAACAACAUCGCUAAAGAAGACGGACUGAGGCUCUACGCCGCCUUCGUGGCUCUCUGCCAACAGGAAGUGGCGGCGGCGGGUGUGACGCUGAAACACGGCACGUACGGCAACAGACAGGUCCUGAAGCUGGACACCAACGGGCCUCACACGCACCUGCUGGACUUCUGAACCCUCACCCAAAACAAAGAAAAAGUAAAGCAGUAUAAAGUAUGCUAACCAUC